CACCUGAGAUUAUUUCCAAGCUUCUAGACCUCACACCAUGGUUCACUUCACAGCUGAGGAGAAGGCUGCUAUCAUCAGCAUAUGGGAAAAAGUGGACUUGGAAAAACUUGGAGGAGAAACCCUGGGAAGGCUCCUCAUUGUAUAUCCAUGGACUCAGAGAUUCUUUGACAAGUUUGGAAACCUCUCUUCUGCUCCGGCCAUCAUGGGUAACCCCCGGAUCAGAGCCCAUGGCAAGAAAGUGCUGGUGUCCCUAGGCUUGGCAGUUGAGAACAUGGACAACCUCAAGGAGACCUUUGCUCAUCUGAGUGAGCUGCACUGUGACAAGCUUCAUGUGGAUCCUGAGAACUUUAAGCUCCUGGGUAACGCGCUGGUGAUUGUUCUUUCUUCAUACUUUGGCAAAGAAUUCACAGCUGAGGUGCAGGCUGCCUGGCAGAAGCUGGUGGCUGGGGUGGCCACUGCUCUGUCCCACAAGUACCACUGA